AUGCGCACUCCUUUCUUCAUUGCCGUUAUCACAUUUGCUACUAGUGCUGUCGCCGAUUUGCACAACAACGCUUUUUGCGUCACUAGUAGAACGAAUUUUGAAGGCGCCAAGAAGUACGAGAUCCUUCCCGAAGCAACAAGAUGCGCCUGCGAGAGGUAUAAGUACCGUAACACUGGCAACAAACAAUGGGAUAAGUGCCCCGACUGCACUUUUGACGGCCUCAGCUGCCUUUCUGCUGAUUGGCACAUUGGCGGCGACGAGAUGACCUAUUAUUGCGAGGAGAAGUGUGGUGCCCAAGGCGCUGAGGCGAACUGA